AGUCAUGAUCUCAAUCAGCGAUUCUCGAUCUGCAGUCAGAACAGAAGUGGUUGCUACAAUCUUGCUGCUCUUUGCCAUCUCUCUCGCGGCAGCAAUACCCGUUGAGCUUGCAGGAGGCAAGAGGCACGUCAGAUCCAACUCAACAGCAAACCCGCGGGAGCUCAAGGUGGAACCGUUCGCAUGGAAGAUGUGCGGCGAUCCUUCGGACCCGUUCCAGGUUGCAAGCGCGACAGUAUCUCCAUGGCCGAUCAGAUUCAGCAAGGCCAAAGAAACCCCCAUCACCAUCUCUCUCGAUGGCUACCUCAACACUAGUGUCGUGUCCGGCACCCUUGAGCUCGGGAUAAAGAAGAAGCUGCCGUAUGUUGAGGUCUGGGAAAAGAUUCCGUGCAUCGAGGGAUACGGAUCCUGUGUUUACGACCUCUGCUCUACACUACAGAAUGUCUUCGGAGUCUGUGACGUAUGGUUCACUGAGCAUGGGCUCCCCUGCGAAUGUCCCUUUAACCCCCAGUCAUUCACCGUCUUGCCAUCGACUCUCAACCUUCCUGAAGCCGGACCAGACGUACCUGCAUGGCUGUUCGAUGGAGACUUCCAGAUCGAGGUCAUCAUAAGAGACUCGGACGGCAACCGGGUGGCGUGUGGGUGGGUACAGCUUUCUCUGCUGAUUGUGAAUAAUUGAUCAUCAUGGCAUCCUUGUCUAUGUUCUAUAUGUAUUCCUCAUAUAUCCCUGCAAACGUUG